AACAUUGAGUUUCAUCAUUUGAAGAACUUUCAGUUCAGAAUCAUGAGUGAUGGAAGCAUCAGCUUCCCACUGGAACAAGUUACAGAAACAUGGGUGUUUCGUUUCAUUGUCAAUAUCCUUGGCUACAUGUCAAUCCUUGUUCCUGGGUAUUUCCUCAUAAGAUGGCUGGAGAAGUCUCCAUAUCUUCAAGGAGGUAGGAUUUCACGAUCCAAUGGAAGUUGCCUUCAAAAAACAGUUAGGGCUUGUGUGGUGGGGCAUGAGACCCAUGGAUUUACAGAUCUCAACAGUGAUCCCACUUCUGAACAAGAAACUCAGUCCAUAUGGAGAAGGGGUGGAAUCCUCCUGUUUUGUUUUGUUGGGCUCCAAGUCUCAUACCUCACAUGGGGAGUUCUUCAGGAGAAGAUGAUGACUAAAGAUUAUUAUGGGGACAAUCCUGAUGUCCAUUCCAAAUUCAAAGACUCUCAGUUCUUGGUAUUUGUGAAUCGUAUCUGGGCACUGAUCUUGUCUGGUUUGUGUAUUCUUGCAAUACCUCAACCACGGCACUAUGCCCCCAUCUACAAGUAUUCCUACUGUGCCCUCUCCAACAUUCUCAGCUCAUGGUGUCAGUAUGAAGCCCUCAAGUUUGUUAGCUUUCCCACCCAAGUUCUUGCCAAAGCAAGCAAAGUCAUCCCUGUGAUGAUCAUGGGCAAGAUUGUCUCAAGAAAGACAUAUGAAUUCUAUGAGUACUUCACUGCUAUCCUCAUCUCUGUUGGAAUGACUUUUUUCCUACUCACCAAUCCAGAAAAUAAAGACAUCGACACAAGGACAACGACGUUCUCAGGAUGCAUCAUCUUGGUGGGCUACCUAGUCUUCGACAGCUUCACAUCCAACUGGCAGGGAGAGCUGUUCACUCGCUACCGCAUGUCUUCCCUCCAAAUGAUGUGUGGUGUAAAUAUCUUCUCAACUACCCUUACACUUGUCUCCCUCCUUCAGCAAGGCAGCUUCUUUGAGUCUCUCAGGUUUAUGUUCACGUUUCCAGCUUUCUUCAUUGAUUGUGUAUUGCUGUCCAUGUGCUCGGCCAUUGGGCAGUUAUUUAUUUACUAUACCAUUCACCAGUUUGGAGCUGUGGUCUUCAUCAUAAUCAUGACCAUCCGACAGGCAAUUGCGAUCCUGCUUUCCGUGAUCAUCUACCAACAUCCAUUGUCAGUGGAGGCUUUCUUGGGAAUCAUUCUGGUUUUCGUUGCUGUCUUCCUGCGUGUGUACUGCAGUCAGCGAAUGAAGCAGCUCCGCGCAAAACAGAAGCUCCUGAAGAAAGAACCACCGAAGACUUAGAGAGCCUUACUUGAAUUUAUUAAUGAGUUUUGCAUCAAAUCUUGAAUCUGAUUGUUUUUAUUCAUGUUUUUACUUUGCACUGGUGAAAGAGACAUUGGCAGUUAUUUUUUUAUCGUUGAAUUCUUUCAUGUUUGGUUGCUAUGGACUGUGAAUACAAUAAAUUAUAUCUAAGUG